CCGCUGGCUGUGACGCUUGUCAAAGUGUUCUCUAUCGGCUGCAUGCCUAGACCACCAAAGCGUUCUGACCGGACAGUGUCACUGGAGAAGGCGGCGCGACAUGUCCAGGGCGCAGAUCUGGGCUCUGGUGUCUGGUGUCGGAGGGUUUGGAGCUCUCGUUGCUGCUACCACGUCCAAUGAGUGGAAAGUGACCACGCGAGCCUCCUCGGUGAUAACAGCCACUUGGGUUUACCAGGGUCUGUGGAUGAACUGCGCAGGUAACGCGUUGGGUUCUUUCCAUUGCCGACCGCAUUUUACUAUCUUCAAAGUAGCAGGUUAUAUCCAGGCAUGUAGAGGACUUAUGAUCGCUGCUGUCAGCCUGGGCUUCUUUGGUUCCAUAUUUGCACUCUUUGGAAUGAAGUGUACCAAAGUCGGAGGCUCCGAUAAAGCCAAAGCUAAAAUUGCUUGUUUGGCUGGGAUUGUAUUCAUACUGUCAGGGCUGUGCUCAAUGACCGGCUGUUCCCUAUAUGCAAACAAAAUCACAACGGAAUUCUUUGAUCCUCUCUUUGUUGAGCAAAAGUAUGAAUUAGGAGCCGCUCUGUUUAUUGGAUGGGCAGGAGCCUCACUGUGCAUAAUUGGUGGUGUCAUAUUUUGCUUUUCAAUAUCUGACAACAACAAAACACCCAGAUACACAUACAACGGGGCCACAUCUGUCAUGUCUUCUCGGACAAAGUAUCAUGGUGGAGAAGAUUUUAAAACAACAAACCCUUCAAAACAGUUUGAUAAAAAUGCUUAUGUCUAAAAGAGCUCGCUGGCAAGCUGCAUCUUGAGUUUGUUAUAAAAGCGAACUGUUCACAAAAUGAUCCCAUCAAGGCCCUCCCAUAAUUAACACUCAAAACUAUUUUUAAAAUAUGCAUUUGAAGCAUCUGUUGAUUGUAUGGAUGUAAGUGUUCUUACAUAGUUAUAUACUAAUCAUUUUCUGUUGUGGCUUUCUAUAAAAAAUAAACAGGUUAUUUACAGGA